AUGCUCCGAGGCACCCCGGGCGGCUUUCGGAAAACGGAGGCUUUAACUCGAGGAGUUCCGGGCAGCGUGGGCUCUGCACUGGCUGAGCCGAAGGGACUUCGCUUUUUGCUCGAAGACGUUGCUUUCCUAGGCUCGAGCCACCCCACCUGGUCUCUUUCCUCCGUUUUCCAUCGGCCACGCUUUCAGCCCUUCCCUCUUCCCUCCGGAACCCUCAGCUGGGUUCCGGGUCAACGUUUCUGUGCAACCGCCUGCACGCGGGUGAAAGCGUCGUUCCCGCCCUGUUCUCAGGCCCUAAAGCAGUCUUCAACCGAGCUGCUCUUUGGAGGACACGAAACCACGGCCAGUGCAGCCACAUCUCUGAUCACUUACCUGGGGCUCUACCCGCACGUUCUCCAGAAAGUGCGAGAGGAACUGAAGAGUAAGGGUUUGCUUUGCAAGAGCAAUCAAGACAGCAAGUUGGACAUGGAAAUUUUGGAACAACUUAAAUACAUCGGGUGUGUUAUUAAGGAGACCCUCCGACUGAAUCCCCCAGUUCCAGGAGGGUUUCGGGUUGCUCUUAAGACUUUCGAAUUAAAUGGGUACCAGAUUCCCAAGGGCUGGAAUGUUAUCUACAGCAUCUGUGACACCCACGAUGUGGCAGACAUCUUCACGAACAAGGAAGAAUUUAAUCCCGACCGAUUUUUACUGCCUCACCCAGAGGACGCGUCCAGGUUCAGCUUUAUUCCAUUCGGAGGAGGGCUCAGGAGCUGUGUAGGCAAAGAAUUCGCAAAAAUUCUUCUCAAAAUAUUUACAGUGGAGCUGGCCAGGCAUUGUGACUGGCAGCUUCUGAAUGGACCUCCCACAAUGAAAACCAGUCCCACUGUGUACCCUGUGGACAAUCUCCCUGCAAGAUUCACCCGUUUCCAGGGGGAAAUCUGACGGGCUCUGAACACGCAGACUGAGCUCAGGCUCCUUCCCAGUGGACGUGCACGUUUUUAUAUAGUGUCGUGUUGCCUUCAUAUUUAAUUUCGCAAUGUAUAUUAUAAUAUUUAUGUGUCUCUACUACACGACUACGGUCUAAAUAUUAAAAUCAUGAAUUUGUAUGAUUUCCAAAUAAAGCAAAAUUUGAAAGUG